CACUUCAUGAAAGAUUUAACUAAAAUAACUACCUUAAGAGCAAGGGCAGAUUUAUAAACUUGACAUUCUUAAAAUGGCAGGAAAAUUACUCCAGAAAUUAAGGAGUAAGUUUUUACCAAAUUCAAAUCAGGGGGCUGCAGUGAUUGUGGGGAUAGACUUUGGGACCACAUGCAGUGGCUAUGCCUUCAUGUUCACCAGUGAUCCCACCUCCAUCUACACAGCAAUGGGAGAGGAGAAGGAACCAACUUGUGUGCUCUUCAACCCAGAUAAGACUUUCAAUGCAUUUGGUAAACAGGCUCUUGAGAAGUACACUGAGUUAGAACCAGAGGAACAUAAGUCACACUACUUUUUCCACCACUUCAAGAUGAAGCUGUAUGAAAGUAAGAAACUGACAAGAGAAACAACUCUCCAAGAUCAAACUGGAAAGGAAAUGAAAGCAAUUGAUGUAUAUAGCAUUGUCUUACAGUACUUUCAUAAAAGGUGUAUGGAACAUGUCGUACAUGUAAAGAGUGAUCAAAACAUUCAAGGAUUAUCUUCAAAGCAAAUCCUGUGGAUGCUAUCAAUACCGGCCAUUUGGACAGAUUCUGCCAGGCAGUUCAUGCGAGAAGCUGCUACAAAUGGUGGGAUUGAAAAUGUACGUCUAGUGUUAGAGCCAGAGGCUGGUGCUUUGUUUGCCAUUGAAAAGCCACUAAAAUUGAGAGAAGACAAGUCAAUAGAGAAGUUUCCAGUUGGACACAAGUACAUUUUGGCUGACCUUGGGGGAGGGACCAUUGACAUUUGUGUCCAUGAGAUCCUUGAAAGUAGAAAACUCUGUGAACUGUACAGAGCAACAGGAGACUAUGCUGGCGGCUGCAGAGUGAACCAUGAGUUUGAACAGUUCUUUAUAAGAUUGUUUGGGGCUCCAGCUCUUGAUGAAUUCAGAAGAGAAUUUGCACAUACUUACCAGGACUUAGUCACAUCAAUUGAGCGAAAAAAAUGUACAUUUUCACACAGAACAGAUAAAGUACUUCUAACACUAGACUAUGACUAUGUAACAUUGGUUGAAAGGGAAAAUGGUGAAACAGUUGAAGAAAUGAUAAAAGGUUCAAUGUAUUCAGACCUUGUGCAGUAUCGGAAUACAGGUCGUCGUCUUACUCUGAACCAUUCUGUUGCGAAGAAGUUCUUUGACAGCUCUGUGGACAUUAUAAUUGGAAAGCUGGAAGAGAUUUUGUUUGCUUGCUCUCAAGACAACAUCAAAAGUCUUCUGCUUGUUGGUGGUUACUCUGAGUCUCCUUAUUUGAGAGAAAAAUUACACCAAGAGUUUCCCCAACUGACCAUUGUGGUAGUUGAAGAUGGGAGACUGGCAGUGAUGAAAGGGGCUGUAAUGAUGGGACUGAAGCCCAGAAACAUCAUACAGAGGAGGGCCAGAUUCACAUAUGGGUUUGGAUAUAAUACAAAAUUUGUAGAAGGAGAACACCCAGAACAGUUUAAGUACAAUCAGGAUGGUGAUACCUUGUGUAGAGGUGUGUUUGACAAGCUGAUAGAAAAGGGUCAGCUCCUGCAGCACCAGCAAGAGUUCUCCAGAGAAUUCUCUUGCACCUUCAAACAACUAAACAAAAAGCAUAUAACACUCUGGCGGUCUUCCAUGCCUAACCCUAAUUACUGUCUCCUGGAGGGGGACCAGUGUGAGGAGGUAGGUAGGAUCAUCAUGGAACCUCCUCCUGGUGGUUGGCCACAUUUAUUACAUGGAGAAUAUAUGUUGAUAGUUGGGGAGACUGAGUUCACGAUGAAAGUGUAUAUAAAGGAUACUGGUGAGGAAUAUGAAGCCAGCGUGGACUAUCUCUGAGCAAUAUUACCAGUGAAAUGAUUGAAAAGCUGAAUAUGAAUGCCAAAAACUGCCAAACUGUUUGCGAUACAGAAGAACAGGCGUUUACUUCUUGAUUUAAAAUGGUCCUAAUUACUACAUGUGAUUUCAAUGUACAAUAGAUGACAUUGAUAUGUGUGUUAACAUAGUAUUCGUUGAUUUAUAUAUCAUACACUGUGUGAUUCAAUGUAUACAUGUAUUUGGCGGAAUAAACUGAAAGACUGUC